GCUUACGGUAUUGGCAUGUGUCGUGAAAUUCAUUUUUGCGGCAGCAGUGCGGUGACAAAGUAUUCUAAUUUACAAGAAUAAAUCGUGUUACAUCUUCCAGCAUUGGACGUUUCUACCCUGGGGAAUAAUAAAGCAACGCACUCACAAAAUGCUGCAGGCCUGGCAGCAUCUAUGGAAACGAAUAAACGGUCUACGUUUGGGCAAGACCUUUAAUCGGAGCUCCUCCAGCAUUCUGUAUUUUUUGCUUAGAAACGCCAGCAUUGUCAGAUUUUCUCGUGUUUGGAAUAAUACACCAUUUAAAAAAAAACUUAACAAACAGGACAGAGCAGCAAUGAGUCGUUAAUCUCCACCAAUCAGUUACAAGAGACGCGGCUGUGACAAGGAACGCCGCAAUGGGAGAGGGCAUUGGAAACGACAGGCUGUUGAAUGGCAGACGAUGAGCCUUGAAAUCCCGUGUUAAAUGCUGGCGUUAAUACUGAGCGGCGGAGUUCUGCAUGUCGCGUUAAAUAACUGCGUGCUGCUGCGGCAAGUGACGGACACUCGGACCCGCUCAUUUCCCGAGAUCCCGUGAGCAGGAGCCACAGGGUCCACUGGAAGUAUGUUGGUGACCAGCACUCAAUCUCAGGAAAUCUCAAUAUACCAGGAGAUUAAAGUAACCUCAGAUCAACUGAAGCAACAAAUGGAUGGUGUGGAGAUACGUCCCAGUCGGCCAUAUUCAUCAGAGCCGUACCGUCAGCAAUAUGAGAAUCAGCCGCCAAAUGAACUGAGCUGGUCAAUUCACGCGCCUUCGAGCUUCGAUGUCAAUUCUACUGGUCUUGAUCACAAGUGGGCAAUGACUACCUCUGCUCUUUGCUAUCCCAGCACCCUUCCAAACUCCAUCUGCCUAUCAAACAAAGCAACACCCACUUCGUAUUCAAGACCACCUACGAUCACUCACCAAGGACUGGAUCUAAACUACAGUUUUCAGCCCAUUCAUCAGAGCCACCAAUCACAGCCAGAUAGUUCUCAGCCACCAACUCACAAACUGUACAGCCCUUUCCAGCCUGGAGGAGGACAGGAAGAUGUUCAUUCACACCCUGCAGCUGUAGUUGUACCAGGUUGUAAGCCUGGAUCACCCGAGGAGCCAGGAAAUGAAAUGAAUCUGGAUCUAAUCCCCAACCCAGUUCAGGUGGCGGAGAAUGAUAAAGAGUUAUGGGAAUCCCAAGUAUUUUACACCGACACAAGAGGGCAAGUACCUCCACUGAGCACAACACACUUCCGAGUGGAGGAUCAAGGUCUUGCGAGCCCCAGAUUUGUCCGAUGUACGACUUAUACCUUCCCUUGUACUCCAGAGAUAGCCAGGCUCUCCCACCUCCCUCUCGCUGCUGUUGUUAAACCAUUCGCUGUGCUGCCGGAAGGGGAGGGUCCUGUGCGUGUGGUGGACUGCGGUGAAACUCUUCCUGUCCAGUGUGAGAAAUGUGCGGCCUACAUGUGCCCGAUGAUGCAGUUCCUGGACAAUGGACAUAGUUUCCUCUGUCCUUUCUGUGACAGAAUUUCAUGGGUACCAGACCACUACUUUCACCCCGUUGAUUACAGCGGGAAGCGGGCCGAUCGCCUUAGUAGGCCUGAGUUAUCUCUGGGCUCCUAUGAGUUCCUGUUACCAGAACAGCAAAGCAAGAGCGAUCAAGGCUCAGGUUUAGUGGGAUUCAUUUUCAUGAUCGAUGUAUCAUACAAGGCGGUGAGGAGUGGCUUGCUUGCCUUAGUCUGCGGUGAGCUGAAGAAGGUGGUACAGCGUUUGCCAAGGGAGCCUGGGGCUGAGGAGUCAGCUGUGAGAGUGGGAUUCCUAACGUACGAUAAGUUUCUACAUUUCUACAACGUGAAAAGCUCGCUGGCUCAGCCGCAGAUGAUAGUAAUAACGGACAUCUCCGAUGUGACGAUGCCAAUGUUCGACGGGUUCCUGGUCAACGUGACGGAAUCCGCUGCACUUAUCAACAAUCUGUUGGAUAGGAUCCCCUCGCUGUUCGUGGACAGUACUGAGGAGGAGGUUCUCUUUGGCCCGGUCAUCCAGGCAGGCCUGGAGGCUCUGAAGGCUGCUCACUGCUUCAGUAAACUCUUCAUUUUCCACACGUCGCUGCCCACCGUGGCUGUCCCGGGUCCUGUGAGAAACCGCAACCCCAACAAGGAGCAGUCCUCAUUCCAGCCUCGAAGCAGCUACUACCUGACGCUGGCCAAGCAGUGCGUGCAGCAGGGCUGCAGUGUGGACCUCUUCAUCUUCUCUGACCAGUAUGUAGACCUGGCCUCCCUGGCUCUGCUGACCUUCAAGACCGGAGGAAGUCUCUACCACUACAGCAACUUUAAGGUUGAGAGAGACGCGGAGCAGUUCCAGGGGGACCUUCAAAGGAACGUGGAGAAGCUUCUGGGAUUCAAUGCUGUGAUGAACGUCCACACAAGGAAAGGUAUCAGAGCAACCAACUACUAUGGCUCGUUGUUCAUGAACUCAGCUGAGGUGGAACUGGCUGCAGUUGACAGUGACAAAGCCCUGCUGGUGGAGUUCAAACACAAUGGGAAGCUUCAGGAAAAGGAUGGUGUGCCCAUACAGUUUGUGCUCCUCUACACAACGCUUGGUGGGCAGCGCAGGCUCAGAAUUCAUAAUGUUGCUCUCAACUGCUCCAGCCAGCUGGUUGACACCUUCAGGACAUCCCAGGCCGAAACCCUGUUGAACUACUUUGCCAAGACCGCUUACCACAGCAUGCUUGGUCGUCCCAUGAAAACGGUGCGAGACGAGCUGGUGAGCCGCAUCACUCGGAUGUUGGCCUGCUACCGAAGGCACUGUGCCCAAACUUCGGCCCAUGGAGGCCAGAUGGUCAUGCCGCAAUUUCUAAAAGUCUUGCCUCUGUAUUUGAAUUGUCUGCGGAAGAGUAAAGUUCUCCUGGCAGGGCCAGAUUCCUCCAUCGAUGAGAGGGUCUACCUCAGGCACAUGGUUAUGUCUAUGGAUAUCGCAGAAACCAACGCCUUCUUCUACCCUCGUCUUUUUCCAGUACACGAGCUGGACGGGGGCCAGGCAUCCUUGCCGCGGGCUGUGCGAUGCUCCAGCAAGUGGCUGUCAGCCAAGGGCGUUUAUCUGCUGGAGGACGGACUGAGCCUGCUCCUGUGGAUCGGGAUGUACGCGCCUACUGAGUGGAUCCAGAAUGUCUUCGGGGUGCCCUCCUUCAACGCAGUGGACUGUGGUGUGGGCUCCCUCCCUGUGCUGGAUAAUGCAGUCUCCCGCCAGAUCCGUGAUGUCAUCGACAGGAUUCGCAAGGAGAGGCUGAGAUUCUUGAAGUUACUCAUCGUGAAACAGUCGGAUAUUUCAGAGAGCCAGUUCCAGCAGUUCCUGGUUGAAGACAAGAAUCCCAGCGGGGGAGCCUCCUACGCUGACUUCCUUUGUCACAUUCACGUCUCGAUCCAGCGCUCCCUACAGUAGCGUCUUCCUCUAUCACCUCAGCUUAAAUACGCCAACAGGCCUCACACUCAUCCUUUCCUGCCUUCUCUUUGUUCUCAACCAGCAGGAACAUAAAUAGAGGAACACACACAAAUACUGAGGCUCAAGGCUAGCUCUUCUUUGACCGACUCAUUUUCUGGCAUUCCAAAGUCUUUCCCCUACAAAUCAGGAAGGCGAGGGAAUCUUCAACACCUGCCCAGCUGAGGCUGUCCUUCAUCGCACUUAGAAGCUCAGCAAUGUCCUGCCCUUGUGAUCGGCACCUCAGUCUCCAUCCUGAAUCUCAUUCCAUUCACUGCUGCGCACCACUGUGACUUAUAGAACAUAGAAUAGUACAGCACAGUACAGGCCCUUCAGCCCACAAUGUUAUGCCAACCCUCAAACCCUGCCUGCCAUAUAACCCCCCAGCUAAACCAGCAAACUGAACCACCCAGGAGAACACAAACCUUGCUGUCAUCCAGCUGCACAUCAUACUGACUUGAAAACACACCACCCGUACAUAACAACGUGGCCACUGAGUGUAUGCUCACGGGUCUGCUGAUGUAGCCCAUCCACUUCAAGGUGUGAUGUGAUGUGCACUCGGAGAUGUUCUUCUGCACACCACUGUUGUAACGCCUGGUUAUCUGAGUUUCUGUUGCACUCCUGGCAGCUUGAACCAGUCUGGCCAUUCUCCUCCGACCCACCUCAUUGAUGAGGUGUUUUCACCCACAGAACCGCCGCUCAGUGCACGUCGUUUUGUUUUUCUGCACCAUUCACGUGUCUCCAACCUGGGGUUCGCGGCACAAAAAAGGUCAGAAGCCCUUGCUCGAGAUGCAGCCUCACCAGGGUUUGAUGAAACUGUAAUACAGAUUCGUGAUUCUGAAACUCAAUGUCUUGACUAAUAAAGUCAAGUGUACCAUAUGCCUCCUUUGCCACCCAAUCAAGGGAGCUUAAUUCGACACCAUUAACCAUGUACUGUCCUUUUUCUUUUGAUCUCCUAAAGUGCAACCCCUCAUAGUUGGUACAUCCUCCUUAAAACCUUUCUUCAACCAAAUGUUAAGUUCCCAUCUUCACUAGCCACCUUUUGGCAGGCUCCAUCUAUUGCCCACGUGCAUUUCCAAACAACUGGAGACUAUUAUUUAUUGACUUAGAUUCAAUGCGGAACAGACCCUUCCGGAUCCUCGAGCCACGCCACCCAGCAAUCGGAUUUAAUCCUGGCCUAAUCAUGGAAUAAUUUACAAAUGAAAUGUUAACCUACCAACUGGUAAGUCUUUGGACUGAGGGAGGAAACCCAUGCAGUCAGGGGGAGAAUGUACAGACUCCUUACAGGCAGCGGUGGGAAUUGAACCUGGGUUGUUGCUACUGUAAAGUGUUGUGCUAACCACUAUGCUACUGUGCUGCCCCCAGGGACUUGUUAGAAGCUGAAAAUCUUGAGCAACAAACACACAAAAUGCUGGAGAAACUCAGCAAGCCAGGGAAUUAAUUUAUUUCCCUCCAUAGAUGCUGCUUGACUUGCUGAGUUCCAGCAUAUUUUGUGUUUGUGUUUCUUGAGUCAACUGUCCUUCAUUAUUUAGGUGCACAUGUCCAAACUAGGGGCAAUCCCUUAUGAGCCGGCCAUCCUGGGCUGAGAAGCAUAUUGUGGUCUCCAGGAACCUGGCCAAUCAGAGACCUGUGAAAGAGAAUGACCACAUCCAUAUAAAACAUUUCUUUAACCUACAAGAGUUGCUCUAACACUUCCCUGUUGUGGAAUGCACUGUCUUGUGUGUUGGUCAGUACACUUACCCAGUUUGACUUUUGAGCCUUUUAAUAGUUGCAACAUUAUGGGAAUCCCAAAGAAUAUUCCACAAAGAAAAGGGCAUCCAUCAAUACAAUGUAUGUACAGUCAAUAUAUUGUACAAUAUCAAAUUUGCAUUGAAUGCAAUAUUUAAAAAAAGAACAUUCCUCUGAUACACCCACUAGACACUUUGAGAGAGACCUUUACAGUGACAUAGCAAUACCUCAUCCCAACUCAAUUAUUUUAUACAACAUAGCUUUGGUACCAUUGCUCUUACUGGUGGAUUUGAUGUCACAUGAUCUGGAAGAGGCAAGACUGGGUGGUUAUCAACAGGACACCUUAUGGCCAUUCCAAUGGCUUGCUAAGCCUCAUAGGAAGGUGUAAAGGGCGCAGUUACAUUGAGUAUAGAAACUGGACUUCCCCACUUUACAGUAAACAGAUCUGUGACCACAACUACUUCUCCAAAUCACUGCACUGUGAACCAGAGCUUUUGAUGCUGGAAUACCAGUAAACACCCCGGAAUUUGCGUGCACUCUCAUCCUAGUCAAUUGAAGACUUGGAGAUUACAGGAAGCACGAUUUGUCUUGCUGUUGGGUCUGCAAACCAGUCAUGGGCCUGGAAUUUCUUUUUGCAUUAAACCCCAACCCUCAAGGUGCUCACAUGUUUCUGUGGAGGAGAUCAACUCACCUUUGACCUGGUUCGUUGUCCCACCUGUGGGCUGAGCUUUUAGGGUCAACCUCCAAUGGGUGCUGCAAACCAAAAGGUGCCAUCUCCAGGGGCAAGAAGCCAAACAGCACACGGGCCUGGAGUUUGCAGUGACAAGCACUUUUAUCUUAAGUGGGAAAGCUUAAAAAUAUCCUGGUUCUGAAAUCAGAUGUGGCUAGCUGGCAAGGUGCCGGAGGAACUCAGCAGGUCAGGCAACAGAUGCGGGGCUGGGGUGGAUAAUCGACAUUUCAGAUCGAGACGGAGUCCAGGUGAAAGGUUGACUGUCCAUUUUCCUCUGCAGAUGCUGCCAGAUCCACCGAGUCCCUCCAGCAUCUUGUGUAUUGCUCCAGACUUCCAAGCAUCUGCUGUCUUUUCUGUCCAGCUAACUGGUAGCUAAUUACUAUUGGGUUGACUAUUUUUGAGAACUUUUACUAAGAUUUUAGCUGAAAGACUGAUGGACAUUAUUGAAAUGAAAUUAUUUAUUGUACUUCGGAAAGGUUUUACUAUUGGAAGCCCUGGUUGUAAUGAAAACAUAGCAAUUCUUAAAAAUUUGUCAUCAGGAGCAAAAGGAACUGUUAAGAACACUGUGGUUGUUUUUAUAGAUUUGGCUAAAGCUUUUGAUUCUGUGGAGAUAUAGCCAUUGGUAGGGUCCUGGAUGGAAGCUCUGUGCGUAGAAAUAUUGUUAUUAGUUUAAAAUCUUAACACGGUAUUGUGUGAAAGAUGUGGGGAAGACUGCUGAGGGCACUCACCUUUGCUGCUAUCAGAACCAGUAGCAUUCAUCAGGUAGUUAAAGAGAAAUUACCUGAUCCUCCAGUUAGAUCAGCACAGAAUCAAUGAAAUGAUUGAAACUUUAAUUAUCUAUCUAUUAUUCUCACAGUCAACGCUAAUCCGGAGUAACUAACUGCUCCAAUGUUACUCCAGUUAUUUAUUGCUGAACCACCGAGCAAUGAUUUUUCCUCCUGAAGAAAAACUGGAAUGUUGCAAAUUUAAAAAAAGAUUUUAUUUUGAGUUUUGCACCCCAAGUGGUUCUUUUAAUACCAUGCUUAUGUUCUAACCUUUAUUCCACCUUUUUCUGAACAAUUAAAUAUAAUUUUUACCUCCUGGA